AGGGCAUAUUUGAACCUUUUCCCUAAACUCUAUUAAAAGGGAUAAAAAGAAGAGGACUUGCAAGAAAUUAAAAACUGAAAUUCCAACAGAGAGAAAGCGAAAGAGGAAAAGCGCCAGUGCUAAUCGAGUAGCGAAUAUCGUCUGAGUACUUGAAGUUGUUCAGCAAAGCCCUAAAUUUCAAUUUUCUAGCUUCAAAGUGGUGCUUCUCUUUUAAUGCACAUGUGCUGCUGUGCAGUUUGUGCGUUCUGAGAAGAUGAGUUCUAGGAAGAAGACACCUUUCCAGAAACACCGAGAAGAGGAAGAGGCGAAGAAGAAAAGAGCAGAGGACGAAACAGCUCGUCUGUACCAAGAGUUUGUAGAGUCAUUUCAAGCGGAUGAUACACCUGGUUCUAAAGCUUUUGUUAGAGGGGGAACCAUCAAUCCGAAUGAUAAGUUGAAGAUUGAUUCUGAAGGUUCCAAAGAUGAGGUUUCUGGUUUAAAGAAGGGAAGUAGGUAUGUUCCAUCUUUUUUACCACCUCCUACGACAACCAAGAGCAGAGAUUAUGAGAAGAAGGAUGAGAAAACAAGGGAAAAGGAGAAAGGAAAACCAAGGAACAUCGACUAUUUUAUGGAGGAACUGAAGCAUGAGCAAGAAAUGAGGGGAAGGCGUAACCAAGAACGUGAACACUGGCGCGAUCGUCAUACUGAUAAUCCAGCCCCGUCUAGUCGGUUUGAUGAGCUGCCAGAUGAUUUUGAUCCUAGUGGAAGGCCUGGAUCAUUGGAUGAUGGGGACCCACAGACCACAAAUCUAUAUGUUGGAAAUUUAUCGCCUCAGGUUGAUGAAAAUUUCCUUUUGCGUACUUUUGGGAGAUUUGGCCCUAUUGCGAGUGUUAAAAUAAUGUGGCCGAGGACAGAAGAGGAAAGAAAGCGACAGAGGAAUUGUGGAUUUGUAUCUUUCAUGAAUAGGGCUGAUGCUCAGGCUGCAAAUGAUGAGAUGCAAGGAGUGGUGGUUUAUGAGUACGAGUUGAAGAUCGGGUGGGGCAAAUCUGUCUCUUUACCAUCCCAAUCACUCCCUGCUCCUCCUCCGGGACAAAUGGCAAUCAGGAGCAAGGAGGGUAGCACUGUCAUCUUAUCUGGUCCAUCAGGUCCUCCAGUUACUUCUAUACCAAGCCAGAACUCUGAACUGGUUCUUACCCCAAAUGUACCUGAUAUUAUGGUUGUCCCACCGGAAGAUGAUCACCUUUGCCAUGCUAUUGAUACCAUGUCUCUGUAUGUUCUCGAUGGAGGCUGUGCUUUUGAGCAGGCCAUAAUGGAGCGAGGCCGUGGGAAUUCUCUCUUCAACUUCUUAUUUGAGCUUGGCUCCAAGGAGCAUACAUAUUAUGUUUGGAGACUUUAUUCUUUUGCUCAGGGGGAUACUCUUCAACGCUGGCGCACAGAACCUUUUAUCAUGAUAAGUGGUAGUGGAAGGUGGAUACCACCUCCUCUGCCUACAUCAAAAGGAGAUGAGAACGAAAAGGAAUUGGGGACUGCAUAUGCUGCUGGAAAAAGCAGGCGUGUAGAAGUAGAAAGGACAUUAACUGAUGCACAGAGAGAUGAAUUUGAGGAUAUGCUACGUUCAUUGACUCUUGAAAGAAGUCAGAUAAGAGAAGCAAUGGGUUUUGCUCUAGACAAUGCUGAUGCUGCUGGAGAGGUAGUUGAAGUUCUAACAGAAUCUUUGACGCUUAAAGAAACUCCAAUACCAACAAAAGUUGCCCGGCUUAUGCUUGUCUCAGAUAUUCUCCACAAUAGUAGUGCUCCUGUUAAGAAUGCAUCAGCAUAUCGCACUAAAUUUGAGGCCACUUUACCAGACAUAAUGGAAAGUUUCAAUGACUUGUAUCGUAGUAUUACAGGAAGGAUUACUGCUGAGGCCCUCAAAGAGAGAGUUCUGAAAGUUCUUCAAGUGUGGGCUGAUUGGUUUUUAUUUUCCGAUGCUUAUGUCAAUGGUUUACGUGCAACUUUUCUUCGAUCUGGGAACUCCGGUGUCAUCCUCUUUCAUUCUCUUGGUGGUGAUGCCCCUGAACUAGAACAAACGAUCAGCACUAAAACUGCACUGGAUGGUGACAAGGUUAACCAAGAUGCUGCACUGGCAAUUGGGAAAGGAGCUGCCAUGAAGGAGCUACUGAGUCUUCCCCUUCCGGAGUUAGAAAGACGAUGCAGGCACAAUGGUUUGUCUCUCAUAGGCGGUAGGGAAAUGAUGGUUUCUCGGUUACUUUACCUUGAGGAAGCAGAGAACCAGAGAGGAUAUGAACUGGAUGAUGAUCUAAAACUUGUAAACCGUCCAAAUUCUGGCAGAUACCUUAGUAGCCAAAAAGAGACCAAUACUAAGUUGGAUCAGAUGGCUUCAGGCUGGAAUAGUUAUGUGAAUGACGACAAACAACUCGAAGGCAAAGUCUCUAUGUUGUCGGUUCCCUCAAAUUCUAGUCCACAGCUUGAUUCAAAUGACUUAUUUGAUGAGGGUAAAAAUCGGUCUAUUUUGCCAGCCUCUAAAUGGGCCAGGGAGGAUAAUGAAAGUGAUGAUGAACAAAAGAGAGAUAUGAGAGACCUGGGGUUGACAUAUUCAUCUUCUGGAAGUGAAAAUGCUGGAGAUGGCAUUGGUAAUAUUGAGGAGAUGGGACUUACAACUGACACGAGCAAUUCAACACAUCUAGAAAGUGGAAUGACUGAAGAACAGAGACUAAAGCUGAGGCGCCUUGAGGUUGCUUUGAUUGAAUAUCGUGAAUCUCUUGAAGAGCGAGGGAUAAAUAAUCCAGAUGAAAUAGAAAAGAAAGUUGAAAUCCAUCGGCAACGGCUUCAAUCUGAAUAUGGUUUAGCAAAUUUCAGUCGAGAUGUUUCAAGAAAGACGAGUAGUUCAACUUCAGAGAGGAGGGACAAGAGAGAGGAUCCCCGGGAAACUUCAAGGAAACGUCAUCGAAGCAUAAGCAGAAGUGAAAGUCCUCAGAGGAAAUCUUCCAGCAGAGACAGGGAAAAUGAUGUGAACAGAGACAAGGAAAAACGACGAGAGAGGGAAAGAGUUCAUGAUGUAGAAAGUGAAAAACAGAGAGACAGUGGACGGGAGAGGAAGAGAGGAAGCAGGGAGAGGGAUGACGAUAGUAGAGACAGAUCCAGGGAAAGAAGACGAGUCAGAUGAAUACAUUGUGCUGUUACUGUAUCUUGAUAGAUGGUUAUCGUGUUUGCUCGCCUUUCAUAGUGAAAAUCCGUAAUGUGAAGCUGUUUGGCCAAUGGAAGGGACCUGUAGACUGCAUUGUGUUCCGGAAAAGAUGCAUCACUUGAAGAGAGUCAUGUUUGUAUUUCUAAAUAGACCUUUAACAGUAGAUUUUACUCUUUUAUGUAGCCUUUUUUAUCUAAAUUUUAGAAAAUCGUUUGGAUUUCCUAUUGAAGAUUUGCAUUACUCUCGUUCAACAAAAGCGGCGGUUGUCACUCGGUGUUUGUUCA